CUCCGCCCGAGGCGGCCGGGCUGACGACGCCGAGAGGUCUUCCCGCCGCCCGCGCGCCGGGCUCCUGGCCGCGGGCUGCGCGCUCGUUUCGUGCGCGGCGCUCCGCCAACUAGACCGAAGUCAGAGGCCGGGCGCUGCGAGCCGGGCAGGCUGAGCGCCGAGAGACCCCGAGACGAGCUGGUUCACUGGCAGAGGGGGUUUGCCGCCGGCUGAUGGUUCUGUGAGGGAAUCGAGCUGCACGACAGUCCCGACAUCCAGAUCCGCUGGGACGGGGGCGACCUGCACACGCUGGUCAUCGCCGAGGCCUUUGAGGACGACACGGGGCGCUACACCUGUCUGGCCGCGAACCCCAGCGGCUCUGACACCACGUCUGCAGAAGUGUUCAUUGAAGGUGCCAGUUCAACAGAUUCUGACAGUGAAAGUUUAGCUUUCAAAUCAAAACCUGGAGCCAUGCCACAAGCUCAGAAGAAAACCACUUCCGUUUCCUUGACAAUAGGGUCAUCAUCUCCAAAGACAGGGGUGACCACGGCCGUGAUCCAGCCACUGUCUGUCCCUGUUCAGCAGGCUCCCAGCCCCACCUCGUGCCUUUGCCGGCCAGAUGGACCCGCGGCUGCCUGCUUCCCGCCUGUUUUCACCAAGGAGCUGCAGAGCAUCUCCGCCUCUGAGGGCCAGGUGGUUGUGCUAGAGUGCCGGGUCCGAGGCGCCCCCCCGCUGCAGGUCCGGUGGUUCCGACAAAGCAGUGAAAUCCAGGACUCUCCAGACUUCCGGAUCCUACAGAAAAAACCUCGAUCCACAGCUGAACCUGAGGAGAUCUGCACCCUUGUUAUUGCAGAGACAUUCCCCGAGGACGCUGGGAUCUUCACGUGCUCGGCAAGCAACGAUUACGGGUCAGCAACCAGCACUGCCCAGCUGGUGGUCACCUCAGCCAACACGGACACCUGCGGCUAUGACUCAGCGGGAGAGUCCAGCAGUGGCCACUUCCAGUCCUUCCCGCCACCCCCUCCAAUAUGGGAGGCGGACUCUUUCGAGUCAGUUUCACAGAAACCAGCUGAGAUCCAGCAGGUGACCAGCCCCAAGUUAGGGCUGAGCCCGACAGCCCUUCAGUUCAGUUCCACCACCAAGAGAGAAACCAAUGGCGUCCACCCUGGCCACGGAGUGAAUGGACUGGUGAAUGGCAGAGCCGACGGCAGCAAGACUCUUCCCAGCCCGGCCGUCCUGCUGUCGCCCACGAAGGAGCCCCCACCUCUGCUUGCCAAGCCGAAACUGGACGCGCUCAAGAUCCAGCAGCUACAGCAGCAGAUCCGCCUGGAGCGCGAGGCCCGUGCGCGCCCCUCGCCGCCGGCCUCCCCGGCGUCCCCGGAGCCGCGCGCGGAGCCCAUGAGCGCGCUCGCCGCCCGCCCCGCGCCCGCCAUGCAGGCCUCCAGCUCCUUCAGCUACGCGCGCCCCAAGCAGUUCAUCGCCGCCCAGAGCCUGGGCCCCGGCACGCCCCGGUCCCCGACGCCCGCGUCCCCGCCGCCCCCGGAGCCCGAGGCCCCGUGGGGCGCGUUCCCGCCGCCGCCCCCGCCGCUCAGCCCCACGGCGGCCGCCCCCGGGCUCGACGUCUUCCCGCUGCCGCCGCCGCCGCCGCCCCCGCCGCCUGGCCCGGGGCCCGCGCCCCGCGCCGCCCGCCCCAGCCCCGGCCCCAGCCCCGCUCCUGCCGCGCUGCUCCGCGCCCUGCUGCCCUCGCCGCCCGCCACCGCCACCAUCUCCACCAGCGUCUCAGCGCUCGGCCUGCCGCGCGCCGCGCCUGCCGCGGGGUUUCCCAAGAAGGCCAGCAGAACCGCCAGGAUCGCCUCGGAUGAGGAGAUUCAGGGCUCGAAGGAUGCGGUCAUCCAGGACCUGGAACGGAAGCUGCGCUUCAAGGAGGACCUGCUGAACAACGGGCAGCCGAGGUUGACAUACGAGGAAAGGAUGGCUCGGAGGCUGCUGGGUGCCGACAGUGCGACCGUCUUCAACGUCCAGGAGCCCGAAGAGGAGGUGGCCAACCAGGAGUACAAAGUCUCCAGCUGUGAGCAGAGACUCAUCAGUGAAAUUGAGUACAGGCUGGAAAGGUCCCCCGUGGAUGAAUCAGGGGAUGAGUUUCCCUUUGGGGAUGUGUCUGUGGAGAGUGGAGUGGCCCCGUUCUUCGAGAUGAAGCUGAAGCAUUACAAGAUCUUUGAGGGGAUGCCUGUGACUUUCACGUGCAGAGUGACCGGGAAUCCAAAGCCGAAGAUCUACUGGUUUAAAGAUGGAAAGCAGAUCUCUCCCAAGAACGAUCACUACAGCAUCCAGAGUGACCCUGACGGGACCUGCUCUCUGCACACCGCAGCCUCUACCUUGGACGAUGAUGGGAAUUACACAAUCAUGGCCUCGAACCCUCAGGGCCGCAUCAGCUGCACGGGACGGCUGAUGGUGCAGGCCGUGAACCAGAGAGGCCGCAGCCCGCGCUCGCCCGCCGGCCACCCGCACGGCAGAAGGCCUCGUUCGAGAUCCAGGGACAGUGCCGAUGAAGGUGAGCCCAUUCAGGAGCGAUUCUUCCGACCGCAUUUCCUGCAGGCACCCGGGGACCUGACUGUCCAGGAGGGCAGACUCUGCAGGAUGGACUGCAAGGUCAGUGGGCUGCCGACCCCCGACCUCACCUGGCUGCUGGACGGCAAGCCCAUCCACCAGGACAGCAGCCACAAGAUGCUGGUGCGCGAGAACGGGGUGCACUCCCUCAUCAUCGAGCCCGUCGCGGCCCGGGACGCAGGCAUCUACACGUGCGUGGCCACCAACCGGGCAGGACAGAACUCCUUCAGCCUGGAGCUCGUGGUCGCAGCUAAGGAAGCGCACAAGGCCCCCGUGUUCCUGGAGAAGCUGCAGAACACGGGCGUGGCAGACGGGUACCCCGUGCGGCUGGAAUGCCACGUGUCCGGGGUGCCGCCGCCACAGAUAUUUUGGAAAAAGGAAAAUGAGUCGCUCACUCACAGCACGGACCGGGUGAGCAUGCACCAGGACAGCCACGGCUACGUGUGCCUGCUCAUCCAGGGAGCCACGAAGGACGACGCGGGCUGGUACACGGUGUCGGCCAAGAACGAGGCCGGGAUCGUGUCCUGCACGGCCCGGCUGGACGUGUACACCCAGUGGCAGCAGCCGCCGCCGAGCACCAAGCCGAAGCGCGUGCGGCCCUCCGCCAGCCGCUACGCCGCGCUCUCGGACCAGGGACUGGACAUCAGGGCCGCGUUCCAGCCCGAGGCCAGCCCGUCGCACCUGGCGCUGAGCCCAGGCCUGGUGGAGAGCGAGGACCUGUGAGCCGGCGCUCUCGCUGCAGCCCCGACGCGGACCCCGCCGCCGCCUUGACCCCGCCCUCCUCUGUCACGUGACGGAAACGGCGGAAACAUACCUUUGACUCUGAGAAACAAAAGGACACCAAAAUCCUACUUUUCUUUCAGGUAAACCAGACGUAGAGGCUGCCAACGCGAUGCCGAUAGGAAUGCACACCUUGCACAGAAAUUCACAUUCAUCAGCCAGUGUAAAACUGCGGGACUCACUGUGAUUCAAGGGAUCUGACAUGCCACAGGGCUAACGGAGGAGAGGUGGCAGCAAUCUGUGUUGUCCCAAGUGCCUUCAAAGUGAGCGCAGGUGCUACCACCCCGCGUGAGCUCAGGGGGCUUCCCGGAGGCGGUGGACCCACUGGUGACCCCGACCGGGCUCCUAGGGGGCAGUGUGUCCACGCAGCGGGUGACCCACGCGGGGGCGGGAGGAGAAGGGCGCCACCGGGAAACCCAAGGAAACGCCUCGUCUUUGCAAAUCGUUUUCUACUAAAUCGUACAGAAGGAACCACGUGCCUUCAGUUCUGUUAACAUCGAGUUAGUUCUCUAAUGAGGUUAAGACCUUCGUCCUUUUUUUUUUUUUCUUUACGUGUAGUAUUUCCAUUUCAUGUUACCUUGGUAGGGAGUUUACGUACAAACCAUAUUAAAAUACAAAUAAUACAAAGUGCUCUCAAUAAAGCAGCAACACAUCGCAGUCCAUUCCACGAAGGGCCUCCAGGCCACCCGCGUGACCACGCGUGCAGUGUCUGGGGGGAGCGUGACCCACACGCUCAGACUGUGUUCGUUUAGGGGAAGGUGGCGGGCGGGAGGCGUAAAGGCCAGGCUUUUCUUUGGUUUUCUUCACACGUCAUCUGAAAUAGAAGCGACGAAACACUGCCAUUCUCAAGUCGGGGGAUCGAGGGUCAGCCGGAGGGAAGCUUGUGCUCGGGACACUGCAGUGUCGGAGCUGGAGAUUGAGAUGCGUAGAGCAAGUUGAAUAUGGGCUGAGCUGCGAGGUGGUCACGGAUCAGACACAGCCUGUGGGCGUUAGUCUACUGGGGGAAACAGAGCCUUAGGGAGACAAAGACAGGGGUGCCGGGCUGCAUUUCCUUCGUGGCCCCACCUUCCCUGCUGCCACCAGACCUUUUUGCCUUACGAAGGUGCUGGGUUCCGGAUAGCUUGUAAAGGCAUCUCGGCGAAGACUGCUUUUUGAAUGCCUGUGGUUCUGCGUCAGCUAGAUGGAGUGGAUUCUGACCAGGCUUGAUGGUUUUAAGUCGGAACCAAUCAACUUUAAAAAGGAGAAAAAAGCAAUUUGGGCUGAUAUUAUAAAACCCGAGUCUUUAAUGGUACUUUGCUAUGAAGAGAACACACUGUAUUCCUUAUGCAAAACACAUUUAUCUUUCAUUAUUUAUAAUAAAAAUGUUGAACUCUCUUAGCUCAGUUACUCAAUUCAAUACAUAGUAUUUUUUAAGUAAUUUUGUAUCUGUGUGCCACCCUGUAUAUUCCAUUUUACUGCUUCACAUGGACAGCUUUCUAGUGAUACUUCGUUGUAAGAGCACCAGCCAAGCAAGCUUUAAAUGCCAGGCUGGAGCUCUGGUGCCCACGUUCUGUGCAGAGUGGCACACGUGUCUGACCACACCUACGAGCAUUGCUGAUACGGGAUUUCGGAUACCGUGCAAAGUCUCUCCUGGACCUUUCCAUAUUAUAGAAUUAUGACUUAUGUCAUCUCUUACUUGCCAAAUUUUUCUGAAUGUGACUUUUUGCUGAUUUGCUGGGUUUGGGAUUAAGUAGCAUUAUUUUGCCACCUUUCAUGUAUUUAUAAAAAAGAAAAUAAGUACUAUCUUACUACUUUGGAUUGUCGUGCUGGUGUAAUGUGGAUUUAACAUCAAUAAAUAUUUAACAAAUGA